AGGAGGAUUCUUAUAAAGGAUGGGAGCCCAUCCCAAGCUCAGGGACAAGAAGCAGGCAGAGGCUGCAGACCGCGGUGCCUGGUUCGGCUUGCCGUCGCUGCCCAAAAUGCUGUGGGUCUCCACAACUCUCCUGGCCCUUUCCCAUGUAAGCUGGGCCCCCUCCGUGGAGGGACAGCCCCGCUCGGUUGCCCCCAUCCCAUCCCAGAAGACGCUUGGGGGCACCACAGCAAACUGGGUGACGGCUCUGCCCCAGCGGGUCUCUACUGGGGCUUCCAUGGCCAGGGCCAGAGAGGAAAAGGGCCCGGGGCCCACAGUGCGCAACGACAUCCCAGCGACUCUUCCCAGGGGACAAGGUGACCCGGACGUGCCACUGUCCACCAGCAGUGCCCCGAAGUUGAGGCUCUCCACUGAGAAACCGACCGACAGGAAAGCCGUGAAAAAGCCUCCCCGUGUCAAAAUAGUGAAGAAGACGGUUUUGAAGAAGACGCAGAAGCCAUCUAGCCCAGAAGCUGCCACCAGAGAGGCAUCACAAUGUCCUCCCCUGGGACUUGAGUCUCUGAGGGUGCGGGACUCACAACUGCGAGCCUCCAGUUUCAAGCGAGAUGGACUCGGGGCCCACCGUGGGCGCCUCAACAUCCAGUCCGGAAUUCACGAUGGCGACUUGUAUGAUGGGGGUUGGUGUGCAGGAUACAAGGACAAGGACCAGUGGCUAGAAAUUGACACCAGGCGGCUGACACGUUUCACCGGGGUCAUCACACAAGGGCUGAAUUCCAUCUGGACCUACAGCUGGGUGACCUCAUAUAAGAUCCAAUUUAGCAACGACACUCAUCGUUGGCAGCCUUGCAAAAAUGGGAGCCAAGACAUGAUCUUUCCUGCCAACAAGGAGCCCGAGACCCCCAUCCUCAACCUGCUCCCCAACCCCGUCGUGGCGCGUUACAUCCGGAUCAAUCCUCAAACAUGGUUCGAGAACGGGACGAUCUGCUUGAGAACCGAGAUCCUAGGAUGUGCCCUGCCAGAUCCAAACAACAUCUAUCCAUGGGACUACACACCUGGGACCAACGAUAAAUUGGACUUUAGGCACCACAACUACAAGGAAAUGAGGAAGCUGAUGAAGAAAGUCAGUGACGCCUGUCCAGACAUCACAAGGGUGUACAGCAUCGGGAAGAGUUACCUGGGCCUGAAAAUGUAUGUCAUGGAGAUUUCGGACAACCCUGGGCAGCAUGAAGUAGGAGAACCGGAGUUCCGCUACGUGGCUGGCAUGCACGGCAACGAGGCCUUGGGCCGGGAGCUGCUGCUCAACCUGAUGGAGUAUCUCUGCCAGGAGUACAAGAAGGGCAACCCUCGCAUCCUGCGGCUGGUCACCGAGACCCGGAUCCACCUGCUGCCCUCCAUGAAUCCAGACGGUUACGAGACGGCCUACAAGCUGGGCUCGGAGCUAUCCGGCUGGGCGAUGGGCCGAUGGACGUACGAAGGCUUUGAUCUCAACCAUAACUUCGCCGACCUCAACACGGCGCUCUGGGAUGCCGAGGACUACCAGCUGGUCCCCCACAAAUUCCCCAACCACUACAUCCCCAUCCCGGAGACAUACACCUUCCCCAACGCCACGGUUGCCCCAGAAACCCGGGCGGUCAUCAGCUGGAUGCAACGCUACCCCUUCGUGCUCAGCGCCAACCUGCACGGAGGUGAGCUGGUGGUGACCUACCCCUUCGACAUGACCCGCACCUACUGGAAAGCCCAGGAGCUGACGCCAACCGCGGACGACCCCGUCUUCCGAUGGCUGGCCACCGUCUACGCCACCUCCAACCUGGCGAUGGUGAACGACGAACGCCGGCUCUGCCACUACGAUGACUUCAUGCGGGAGGGGAACAUCAUCAACGGAGCCAACUGGCACACUGUGCCGGGAAGUAUGAACGACUUCAGCUACCUCCACACGAACUGCUUUGAGGUGACGGUCGAGCUGUCCUGCGACAAGUUCCCGCACGAGUCGGAGCUUCCACAGGAGUGGGAGAACAACAAGGAGUCCCUGUUGCUGUACAUGGAGCAGAUCCACAGAGGCAUCAAAGGCACCGUCCGAGACAAAGACACGGAGCAAGGCAUUGCAGACGCCAUCAUUUCGGUGGACGGCAUCAACCAUGACAUCAGGACAGCUUUCGACGGGGAUUACUGGCGCCUGCUGAACCCUGGCGAAUACGAGGUCACUGCCACAGCCGAGGGCUACCACCCUGUCACCCGAAACUGCCACGUCUACUACGAGGACAACCCCACCAUCUGUGACUUCCGCCUGACCAAGACCCCGAAGCAACGGCUGCGAGAGAUCCUGGCCAAAGGGGGGAAGGUCCCCAAGGACCUCGCUCUGCGCCUUCGCCAGCUUCGGCUACGCAAACUGCAGGCCCAGAGACGGGCCCAGUGAGGGGGAGGCGACGCCACCAGACGUCGCCAGCUGGCACGUGGCUGUCAGGCCCCUUUUUGGCUGGAGCCCUUCCAGUUUUCAAGAGGCUGAGAUGAUACCUGCCCUUGGCCCCAAAACAUGAAUGCGCUUCCUGGGCUUUCAGAACAACUGAUGUAUAGUAACCUGGCAUUUACUGAGAAAUAUUGUUGAUAGAAUCGCAAAUACCUGAACAUUUCUCCUUC